AUGAAUACUUCAAAAUCUUCUGGACCAUCAAGGGAUCUUUCACUGCUUCGGAUACAGCUAGCCUGGGAAUCCAUCAAAGGACUGUGGAACAUAGGGAGAAAAUGUGGUGUCGUAAGCCAAGUUGGAAAGUGCUUCAAAUGGCUGGUUAAAGGGCGUGUAGUCAAAGUAACCAAAUUAAGAAUAGAAAAGAAAGACCAAUUAGGUCGCCGUACCAAUGGUCCCGUCUCGCGAUCGGAGGACGAUACACACAACCAGCUAGUGCACGCUGUCGGUUCUGCUAUUGCCAAAGCCUCGAACUGGAAUUCAGAUGAAAUGUUGUGGAUUUCUUAUCCUGACAACGCAAAGCAUUCAAAUGAACGCACGAACUUUGACAUCAUCAUCGCAUUGAUAGAUAUGAAAGCACUUGGCACAGUUACAAGCCACUCCGUUAACUUGAAACGUGUCGUCCAAGACUUCGCCUCAGCAGUGGCCAAAGGAAAACUACCAUUGAUAGUCCAUGGAACCAUACUGCAGGUCAAAUCCUUGGUUUCUUGCUAUGAUGAAGUGUGUGAAAAUACGGAAACGCUGCAAGCUUAG